AUGGAUGAGGGGACGUUUACUUACGACAGGAAAACUGCGGACUUGCUGCCGCAGUUUGAGCUUGGUGCGGCGCGGCCCCUACGGGUGUCGUACCAUUUCAAUCCGAAGGUGUCGCACUACCACUACGGCGUGAAGCACCCUAUGAAGCCGUUCCGGCUGAUGCUGACUGACCAUUUGGUGUCUGGGUACGGUAUGCACAAAGUGAUGGACCUGUACGAGACGCGCGCUGCGACCAACGACGAACUUACGGAGUUUCACACGGAGGAUUACGUGCACUUCUUGCAGAAAGUGUCGCCGGACAACUUGGGUAAACUGCCGCGCGGGACGCUCGAGAAGUUCAACAUCGGAGACGACUGUCCCAUUUUCCAGAACCUGUAUGACUACGCGACGCUGUACACGGGGGCGUCGCUCGAUGCCACGCGGAAACUGAUCAAUGGGCAGAGCGAUAUUGCGAUCAAUUGGUCCGGCGGGUUGCAUCACGCGAAGAAGAACAGCCCGUCAGGGUUCUGUUACGUUAACGACAUUGUGCUCUCCAUUGUGAACCUGCUGCGAUACCACCCUCGCGUGCUCUACAUUGACAUCGACCUCCACCAUGGUGACGGUGUCCAGGAGGCGUUCUACACCACGGAUAGGGUGUACACCAUCUCCUUCCACAAAUACAACGGCGAUUUUUUUCCAGGAACGGGGGACAUCGACGAGACAGGGUGCGACGCAGGUGAACGCUUCGCACUGAACGUGCCCCUUGAGGACGGGAUAGACGACGAUUCGUACAUAAACCUGUUCAAAUCCGUGAUAGGCCCGCUCAUCACCGCGUACAACCCAACGGUGAUCAUCCAACAGUGCGGUGCGGACUCCCUGGGACACGACAGGCUCGGGUGUUUUAAUCUAAACAUCAAGGCGCACGGCGAAUGCGUCAAGUUCGUCAAAUCUUUUGGGAUCCCCAUGCUCGUUGUAGGCGGCGGUGGAUACACACCGAGAAAUGUGUCCCGUCUUUGGGCCUAUGAGACUGGGGUCCUCAACGAUGUGAUCCUGCCCAAGGAUCUCCCGGAGGGACUUUCCUUCAAAAAUUUCUUCGGACCCGACUACAGUCUGUACCCUGUCCUCGACGACCUUUACGAGAACAAAAACUCAAAAAAGUACCUAGAAGAUACCAGGAUACGGUGCCUCGAAAAUAUACGAUACUUACAGGGUGCUCCGAGCGUACGCUGCGACGCAGACGUGAUUCCCUCUCAGGAUAUCAGUGCACUGACUGAGGAGGAGGAAAAACAGAUACAGGAAAUGAACGAGGAACGCAACGAUUUGUGGAGACUCGAACAAAUGGAAAAGGACAGUAACAAGGUGGGAGAAUUUGUAUAA